AUGUCGCUACGCCCCGACAGUGGCUCCAGGCGCUCGCGGUCCAAGUCGCCGGGACAUGGGCGAGAGCGCGACCAUUCACGCAGCCGCAGCCACAGCCAUGUGCGAGAGCCUCAGCGAUAUGGGCCAGCUGACGGCGCGCCGACCCCGCAGUUCGAAAUCAGGCAGCCAGAUCAGCAAUAUGCGACACCACAGAGCCAGCCCAUCACCAUGGGCAACUACGGCGACCUCCCUCCCCACCAGCGCCCCGCCUAUGCUGCCCCUGCCCCUGGCGGCGUCCAGUAUGCCCAGCCAGGCACCGUCCAGUAUGCGCCCACGGGAAACAGCUUCUCCUACACGUCUGCGCCCGCCUCCAGCCCGCACGCCAAAGACGGCGCUUUCCAGUAUGCGACUCCCCCGUCCAACAUCACCUACACGGCCAAGCCUGUCGCAAACCCCAACCAGCCGCCCCUUGUGCGACACACCUCUCAGCCUUCCUACCCUCCGCCCGCCCAGCCUCAGUAUACAGCCGUGCCAAAUGUCGCCUCGCCCACUGCUCCCUAUCCGACCAUGUCGCAGGCGCCCCAGUCGCAGCCUAAAUACACCACCAUGCCCCAAGCACCUCAAGCACCCCCAGCGCUCGAGCGCUCGUUCCCACCACCGCCAAUCGGCCGUCACUCGCCGCUUCCGGACCACCGUCGCGCGGCUUCAUACUCUGGCGCUAUGAGUACAAAUGAUGGUCUCAAUGUGGUCGAGGUGCGCCCGCAGGGGCACCUGGGCGCAACGGAGCGGCCAGAGGGAUUGCGCAUCGACGGGCUGUCUGUGAGCGGAAAUAGGCCGGAUUUGCAGACAAUCGUGCCUAGUGGUUAUUCGAAUGGACCUGACAGGCCGGACGGAUAUCGCCCAGACAGGCUGUCUGUGAGUGGUAACAGACCAGACUUGCAGACAAUCGUGCCUGGAGGAUACUCUAGCGGCCCAGAGAGGUCAGACGGAUUCCGUCCCGACAGGCUGUCUGUCAGCGGUAACAGACCGGAUUUACAGACAAUUGUACCUGGAGGCAUGCCUGGCGGAUACUCAAAUGGACUGCCACCACCAAGUCCCUUGCUCGAGGCCUACCACGGUACAUACCAGUCAAUCAGUCCUAUGCCCCAGGCACUCAUGCUGGACGACCAGCACCUCGACCAUCUGCAGCCGCUCGAUGCUCUCGAGCGCCGAAGUUCCAAUCGUUCUAAACACGGCCAUCGCCGCGCUCAUUCAUCCUCGCGCCGAUCUCCAAGUCAGUCGCGACCUUCCAAAAACGCCGACAAACUGGCUCUGGCAGCAUAUGGCCGGAAUGAUCGCUCUCCAGAGAAGAAGGAGAAGCGCAGAGUGAGGAUAUACGAUGCGACCGACGAUGCGCUUGCGCUCGUGGAAGCCAUGGCCCAGCGAACACCCAAUGCUGAUACCAUUAUCGACAUCAUUCCUGCGCUUUCGCAUGACCAGUUGCUUGAGCUAAGGGCCGAGUACAAGCGACAUUGCAAAGUUCAGGGCAGAGGUAUCAACAUUGCCAAACACAUCAAGUUGAAGACAAGCGGCAGUUUUGGAAAAAUUGCCUACGUGACGGCUCUUGGAAAGUACGAGAGCGAGGGCUAUUGGGCAAACUACUGGUACCAAUCCAACUCUGCGCGACGCGAACUCCUCAUUGAAGCGCUCAUGGGCCGCCAAAACCACGAAAUCCGCGAAAUCAAGGAUACGUUCAAGGACAAGCGCUACGGCGAUUCGCUGACCCGCUGCAUGGACAAGGAGCUCAAGGCAGACAAGUUUCGCAAGGCCGUCUUGAUGGCGCUAGAUGCCCAGCGCCAGGAAGAGAGCGACGUAUGGCCGCCCGAGUACUGCAAUCGCGACGUCGACACGCUAUACCGAGCCAUCAAUGCCAGAGAAGGCGGCGAAAGCACCAUGCUCAGCAUCGUCGUGAUGCGCAGCGACGCCCACUUGCGCGAGGUACUCCGAACAUACGAGCGAAAGUACCACGCCAACUUUGCGCGAGACGCACUGAAAAAAAGCAACAAUCUCGUUGGCGAAGUCAUUGCCCACAUCCUCAAUGGCGUCAUCAACCGCCCCGCCAGAGACGCCAUGCUCCUGCACCACGCCCUCAUGGACCUCAUCGAGCCCCCCACCGACGCCCGCUCCUCCUCCUCCUCCUCCGCCAAGCACGACCGCCAGCAGCGAGUCGAGCUCCUCAUCUCGCGCCUCGUGCGCCUCCACUGGGACCGGCUGCAUCUCAUGCGCGCCAUGGCCGAGUACGAGGAAAAGUACGGUAGAAUGGUGGAAGAAGAUAUCGAGGAGGCGACUAAAGGCGAUUUCCGCCAGUUUUGUAUCGCUAUUUGUCAGAGUGCGAGGUAGACUGUUUUUUUACCGGAGAAUGCGAGACGAGGGGGGGGGGUCGUUUUUCUUUCUUGGAAGCUGAUUUCGUCAGACACGCGUGGAGAUUCGAUGCUGGUAGCUAGAAGUACUGUACUGUACUGUACUGUACUGUAAAAGUAUCGUCAUGUAACGGAAACGGAAACCGGAACCGGAAACCGGAAACGUCAUGUGCAAAGUGGAAUCAAUGGGAAGAAAAGGAAGGGGGGGAAAUGAAGAAUGCUAGAUUCCUAGCUAAUAUAAUGCCAACUUUAUCAUCUCUCCC